AGGGUCAGCUGUUGUACUUUCUCUGCGGAACUGUUCUGUUUGGGCUGCGGUUUCCGGAUCCCUCUGAGGCGGACGGACAGCGGGGCCAUGGCGGCGGAGAGCGACACGCUGUGUGAAAUAGAAGUGCUGCAGUCCAUCUACCUGGAUGAACUGAAAGUCACACAGAAAGAUGAUGGAGGUUGGCAGGUCAGCGUGGUCCUUCAUCCGUCCACCGGAGAGGACUGCCUGUCCCAGUUUGUCCGUCUCACUCUGACAUUGGACCUGGACUCAGAGUAUCCUUCUUCUCCUCCCUGCAUCUCCAUUCACAAUCCGCGAGGCCUCUCUGAUGACAAGUUGCUCAGUUUACAGCAGAGUUUGCAGAUGGAGGCUGAGUCUUGCUUGGGGAUGCCAGUGCUGUAUCAGCUGAUUGAGAAAGCCAAAGAGAUCCUUACAGAGAGCAAUAUUCCCCAUGGGAACUGUGUCAUCUGCCUGUAUGGUUUUAAGGAGGGAGAGACGUUCACCAAGACGAGCUGCUACCACUACUUUCACUCUCACUGCCUGGGCCGCUACGUCACCCACUCUGAGGUGGAGCUGAGAGAGCGGGAGAGAGAGCUGGAGGAAGACAAGAGCAGAGACAGAGCAGAGGAGGAGGAGCUGUCUGUUGUUUGCCCCGUGUGCCGAGAGCCGCUGUCAUAUGAUGUGAGCGCCCUGCUUUCAUCACCUGCGCCAGACCUCCCUCAGCAGGAGGACGAGGCCGUAGGUGCGGAGUUUAAAAGAAAGUGGGAAAGUCUCCAGAAGAUUCUGGAACGUCAGAAAGAGAAAGGCGGAGUCAUUGACCCAGAGGCGGAGUCUAAUCGCUUCCUAAUUCACAUCAAUGACGUCCCUGCCGACUCUGACCCCACUUGCCCUGACACUCCAAAUCCUGAACCCAGCCAGCUUUUACCUUCUGCUCCCCCUGACUGCCCUGGUCAGACCCCUGUCCCCCAAGCCCAGAACGUCUCGGCCCCAUCACAGCGCCGGGCUCGUGAUGGCAGGAGGUAUCAGGGGGAAUUUAGAGGAGGUCGGAGAGGAAGAGGAAAAGGAGGUGGAAGGAGCGAACAAUCGUCUCAUGGAACUCCUAUACCUGUCGUAGAAAAGUUCACCGAAAUGAGCGUAUCCUCAUCAGAGAGCAACCACAGUUUACCGAAGAACAGUUUACUCCCUCAGAACAAUGAGCCGCAUGCAGAAAGCACAGAACAUGGGCAACCGCUCGAGCCCAGAGCUGACAAAGACCAGACAAGCCAGUCUGGGAGGCAAACAGGUGAGGAAUGCUUCGCCACAAGCCAGCAAGACACUUCAGGAGAACAGCAGACACGCCACUCGAACAUGAACGCUCCAGAAGACGCUGCUCAGACGAUCGUCACGGAUGGACGACAGGACCCGGGCCCCCGAGACAGAGGGAGAAGGCACGGUCCACGAGCGCCCCAGUACGGCCAGUGGCACGACAGAAUCCCCAGAAGCUCAAACCAGUGGGAUGGUGCUGGCCGUGCGUACCACCACCACCGGGGUGGGAGAGCUCACAGAGCCCGAGGCGGAGGGUUUAGCCAUCAUCACCGCGGAGGUGGGCCGCACAGAGGAACUGGAAAGGGGAUGCAUCCGAAAACUGAAACUGAGUUUAAGAAGGAGGGGGUUCUCUGACAGUGGGAGAAGGGAGGAGCGCAGGCAGAACAGAAGCUUCCCUCCCUCGUUUACCAAGUGUACCUCCAUCAUAACGGUGUCGUCAUAAUAAAAUAUUACACAAGCACUGCA